AUUUGAACGAAACUUGUAAUUUUUCUCCACCUACACUAAUAUCUGAAUAUAUAACGAAAUGUCUGGCAAAGGCAAAAAAGGCCCCUCUCAGGCUGAACUUUUGGCCCGUACUUGCUCUGAAAUUAUAGCUGAAGUAGUAGCAGCAGUAGAGGCAGGAAAAGAUGUGAAUUUAAAUGCUGUUAAGAAUAGAGCCUCUCGUAGAAAUAGAUUGCAGCACCAACCGAAACUUGUCGAUAUUAUCGCAGCUAUACCUGAGCAACAUAAGCAAACUCUACUUCCAAAAUUAAAAGCAAAACCAGUCCGUACAGCAUCUGGCGUUGCUGUUGUCGCAGUAAUGUGUAAGCCUCAUAGAUGUCCUCAUAUUGCCAUGACAGGGAAUAUUUGUGUUUAUUGUCCUGGUGGACCUGAUUCUGAUUUUGAAUACUCGACACAAUCAUACACUGGUUAUGAGCCAACUUCAAUGCGUGCCAUUCGAGCACGCUACGAUCCAUACGAGCAAGCUCGUGGUCGUGUUGAUCAACUCAGAGCUCUAGGUCAUAGUGUAGAUAAAGUUGAGUAUAUCAUUAUGGGUGGUACCUUCAUGUCACUUCCAGAAGAUUAUAGAAAUUGGUUCAUUCAGAAUUUACAUGACGCACUCUCCGGCCACAGCAGUAAUGAUAUGGACGAAGCAGUACGUUACUCUCAGCACAGCUUGACGAAAUGUGUUGGUAUUACCAUUGAAACACGUCCAGAUUACUGUCUUAAACCACACUUAAGUCAAAUGUUGCGUUAUGGUUGUACACGUUUGGAGGUUGGUGUGCAAAGUGUAUAUGAAGAUGUUGCAAGAGAUACGAACCGUGGCCAUACUGUUAGAUCUGUCACGGAAUGUUUUCAUAUGGCCAAAGAUGCAGGCUUUAAGGUUGUAUCGCACAUGAUGCCUGAUUUGCCCAAUGUUGGCAUUGAGAGAGAUAUUGAACAGUUCAAAGAAUACUUUGAGAACCCAAAUUUCCGAUCGGAUGGUUUAAAGAUUUACCCCACACUGGUUAUUCGUGGCACAGGUCUAUAUGAAUUGUGGCGUACAAAGAGAUAUCAAAACUAUACGCCUAAUGCUUUGAUUGAUUUGGUUGCUCGUAUCCUGGCUAUGGUACCACCCUGGACACGUAUUUAUCGUGUACAGCGUGAUAUUCCUAUGCCUUUGGUUACUUCUGGUGUUGAGCAUGGUAACUUACGUGAAUUAGCCUUGAACCGUAUGAAGGAUUUGGGCACAGAGUGUAGAGACGUUCGUACUCGUGAAGUUGGUAUAACUGAAAUUCACCAAAAGAUAAAACCGAAUCAGGUGGAAUUAAUCCGUCGAGAUUACGUUGCUAAUGGAGGUUGGGAGACUUUCCUUUCUUACGAAGAUCCACAUCAAGAUAUUUUGGUUGGCUUAUUACGUCUAAGAAAGUGUUCACCUGAAACUUUCCGUCCAGAAUUGACUUCGGCUGGUCCUACUUCCGUUGUUAGAGAACUGCACGUCUAUGGUUCGGUGGUGCCUACCCACGAUCGAGAUCCUACCAAAUUCCAGCAUCAAGGUUUCGGUACAUUGCUUAUGGAGGAAGCGGAACGUAUUGCUAAAGAAGAGCAUGGAAGCGUUAAACUUAGUGUUAUUUCUGGCGUUGGUGUCCGACAUUAUUAUGCCAAGCUUGGUUAUGAGCUAGAUGGUCCCUAUAUGUCCAAGAUGCUGGUUUAAAUGAGCACACUAUCUAUAGUUCAUUUGACCUCCAUUAUUAUAAAUCUUAUUUUGCUUUUUCCACAAAGCUUUUGUACAUAUAUCAAGUUAAUUCUCAAUUUGUUUCAGACGAAGCUCUUUCAUGUAAUCUGAACUGAUUUAUACACAUUGUACUUUUAUGAAAAAAAAAAAAGCAGUUGUAUAUGAUGAGAAAUAAAGUUGCUUAUCGAGGCCAAAUCCUUACAC